AAAACCUCUCAAAAAUCUCAACAUAUAUUCCAACCCCCUUAUUCACUUUUGUUUAGGGAUUCCCUCUCUCUCUCUCUCUCUCGGACAAUCAAAACAUGGCCACAUUCACAUACACCUCCUUAACGCUUUUGUUGCAUAUUUUCACAUUUGCUCUCUCUGUCUCGGCUCGUCCCGCUACUUUCCUCCAGGAUUUCCGCAUCACGUGGUCUGAUUCCCACAUCAAGCAAAUCGAUGGAGGUCAAGCCAUCCAACUCAUCCUAGACCAAAGUUCAGGAUGUGGGUUUGCCUCCAAAAAUCAGUAUUUGUUCGGACGUGUGAGUAUGAAGAUCAAACUCAUUCCGGGCGACUCCGCCGGGACUGUCACUGCCUUUUACAUGAAUUCGGACACCGAUAACGUGCGCGACGAAUUGGAUUUCGAGUUCUUGGGCAACCGGACUGGGCAGCCAUACACAGUCCAAACCAAUGUCUUUGCCCAUGGUAAGGGUGACAGGGAACAAAGGAUCAACCUCUGGUUCGACCCUGCAGCAGAGUUCCAUACUUACUCUAUUCUAUGGAACCACGAUCAAGUUGUCUUCUUUGUUGACGACGUGCCCAUUCGAGUUUACAAGAACAAUGAAGCCAAGGGGAUCCCUUAUCCGAAACUCCAACCCAUGGGGGUGUACUCCACACUGUGGGAAGCCGACGACUGGGCCACCAGAGGCGGGCUGGAGAAGAUAGACUGGAGCAAAGCACCCUUCUAUGCUUACUACAAGGACUUCGACAUUGAAGGAUGCCCAGUUCCUGGACCGGCGACUUGCGCCUCCAACCCCAACAACUGGUGGGAGAGCCCUGCUUAUAAGCAAUUGGACGCCGUCCAACUCAGGAAUUACAGGUGGGUUCGCAUGAACCACCUCAUCUACGACUACUGCACCGACAAAUCCCGCUACCCGGUCACCCCGCCGGAGUGUUUGGCCGGUAUCUAAUGUCAUGUUAUAUUAUAUACUAAUCAAAGCAACUGGAUUGAUUACAUAUCAUAUCCCAUGCCGAUCUCGCCGGAAAGCUCAAGUUUUUUUCAGGACAAUGAAGAACUAUACACCAUGGAUAGGAUGGAUCAUGCAAUUAAAUUAAGAAUAAGACGACGGAUUUAUUUUCAAAUGUGGCCCAAGCCUAAGUCUGUGUAGUUGGUGUUAAUGCUGUAAUAAUCGGCGUAGGUCGAUAUCUAUUUUGUGGCUCCACGUGUUUGUGUUGGCUCGGAGUUAUUAAUUUGUAUGUUAAUAAAAGUCCCGAGUGUUUGUGAAAAUGAUGGGAUUAUAAACUUGUAUAUAUAUAGCCCUGAUCGAUGAUUGGA